GCACAACACAACACAACUUCAAGCUUUCAUCUCUCCACCACCAAUCUCACCAAUUCGUUCUCGAACUCUUACACAACCACGAAUAUUGAUCAGCAUAUAAAUCCCUCGCAUACGAAACCACCCACCAAUCCGCCCUCAUCGCGCCCCGCGCCCCUCCGAGAAAAAUGAAACUCCUAACUCUCAAUUUCCUCACCUGCGCCGUGAAAGCCUGCAAAUCAACCAGCGCAUCUUUUCCUCUGCACCCAAAAGAAUGUUCGCUUGUCAGUAACGAUAUACCCCUUAACACUGCUUUACUUCUCAAUAUUCUGCCGCGGAUUGAUUGGAAGGCGCUUUGUGUUAUUGCUUCUGAGCUUUCAUUCCCCGCGCUUCCCCCUACACCACCCACCCCCGAAGCCCUUCAGGAAGACGAAAAAAUGAUGAAGGAACUCCAUACGCUUCUUUUGGAAACAGAAAUCGAUGAAGGAAGUUUAGUUUGUGCGAAUUGUGGACACGAGUAUCGUGUCAAGGAAGGAAUUGGAAAUUUCUUGUUACCAGGACAUUUGGUUUAGAUGGUGAAUGGGAUGGGGAUGGGGAUGAGGAAUUGAGAUGAAGAUGAAGAUGCAUGUUAAAAUUUAGUAUUGGGAAUUGGGAAUUAAUGAGUUGGGCUGAAUCUGGAAUUGAUCCAGGUAGCCCUGUAAUCCUAGACGAAACAAAAAACCAAGACCUAGAUGGACAGGGUGAAAAGAGAGGAAGAGAGGAGGAGAUGAAGCGCCGAGAUGGUAUGGUGUAUGGGAUAUGUGUUUUUAAGGCUCCGAAAAUUUGAGAAAGGAGGGGCAGGGGAAGGGACAGGGGGAAAAUGGCAUUGCACACCGAAUGCACACUCACAAAAUAGUAACGCGCAGCUCAGUCGUGGCAAAGAAAUAGAACAAAAAGAUACCCAAAGAUCAUACAUAUAUUCUUCUACAUGCAAAUUGAUCACUGCAACA